UACUUGAAGGCAGCAUUAUUUACAAAGCAGUCGCGAAUCGGUUCAACUGAAUCAAACCCUUUCAAAAGAACGAUUCCUUUGCGAAUCGGACAUCACUGAGGAGGCAUGAGGGAGGGGUGGAGUGGCCGAGGAGAGGCUGUCUGCGUUCAGAUGGAGGAUUAAGCUGGUCCCUAUCCUGACAGCAUCCAGCACACACACGCAGUCCAAACAUUAUCCACACACCUGUCCGUCCGUCUGAAUCAGCCGGAUCCACCUGCUCCCUUCAUCCCGUGCUGGCUCUCCAUCGCUGGACCGCACCGGUCCACACCCCCGGACCGGACCGGUGUCCUUUCAAACCACGAGCAGAUGAGUUCUCAUUGGUCCUGAUGGUUGUGAGGGCCCGCCUCCGCCACCUCUCCACCAGUCCACAUGAGAGAGAUGUGACGUCCAAUCACACGCUGAGAUUUCUGCGUUCUGGAGCUGUUAGGACACAAGCCACACCCAGUUAGAUGGAGGAGAGAGAGAGAAGCAGAAGUCGAUCUCCACGCAGGGUCCGUCGGGUGGAGCAGGUGGUGGGGAAAUGGCUGCGCCGUUCUCGAGACUCUCUCAGCAGGGAGCGUAUUUUAGGAGGCAGGAGGUCUCGCUCUGGGGAUUCGGGUCAGCAGAACUUCCCUGUGAAGGUGACGGUGGAGGUGAUCAGAGACGCUGUUCUGGACUCCCAUGGCUUCACUCUCUCAGCACAGCACCCCCUGCUGGUCAGGGACGUCACUCCAGGAGGCCCAGCAGACGGACAGCUUUUUCCUGGAGAUCAGAUCCUAAAAGUGAACAAUAAAGCCAUAGAAGAUCUUUCCCCUGAAAACACGGAGCAGAUGAUUAGGGAAUGCCAGGACUCUGUAACCAUGAUGAUUCUCAGAAAUAUGACGAAUCCCAAGUCUUCGUUCAUAACAGCAGAGAAGAGAGCUCGCCUGAGAAGAAACCCCGUUAAAGUGCGCUUUGCAGAAGAGGUGGUGGUCAACGGACACACUCAGGGAAACUCUCUUCUCUUCCUGCCCAACGUUCUGAAGGUCUACCUGGAGAACGGCCAGACUAAAGCCUUCAAAUUUCACAAGACCACCACUGUCAAGGAUAUCGUGUUGACUCUGAAAGAAAGGCUGUCCAUUCGAUCUAUUGAGCAUUUCUCACUGGUGCUGGAACAGCAAUAUAACAUCACCAAACUGCUGCUGCUGCACGAGGAGGAGCUCAUACAGAAGGUGGUCCAGAAGAAGGAUUCGCACGACUACAGGUGUCUGUUCAGGGUCUGUUUCAUUCCCAGAGACCCCAUGGACCUCCUGCAGGAUGAUCCCGUGGCCUUUGAGUACCUCUUCCAACAGAGUGUGGGAGAUGUGUUACAGGAACGCUACGCUGUAGAGAUGAAAUGUAACACAGCGCUGAGACUAGCCGCUCUGCACAUGCACGAGAAACUGGCGAGCUGCGGGCAGACGACAAGAGCAUCUGUUAAGAGCAUUGUUAAGGAGUUUGGUUUAGAGAGCUUCAUCUCUCCCACCCUGCUGAGGAACAUGAGAGAGAAAGAUCUGAGGAAAGCUCUCAACCACCACAUGAAGAAGAUCCAGUCGCUGCUAGAACCACGGCAGAAGGUGAUUUCUGCAUCUCAGGCCCGUUUGGCUUAUCUGACCCAGAUGGCGGAGCUGAUGUCAUACAGCGGGAGAAGCUACAACGCCACCAUGCUGCUGCAGGACAGGGAGUCAUUGGUGAGUUUGCUGGUGGGAGCGAGAUACGGGAUCAGCCAAAUACUAAACCACCAGCUCAACAUGAUCUCCACCAUCAUUGACUUCCACUACAUCACCCGAAUAGAGGUGCUCUCAGAGUCUGACAGAGUCAGCAUGGUCAAGAUCUACCUGCAGGACAUACAGACCAUCUCUUUCUCCUGCAACUUGCAGCCUAUAGCCCUGUUAAUGGAAUCCGUAGCAGCUAAAGAUCUGGCCUGUCUCCUGGCCGGAUACUGCAAACUGCUGGUGGACCCCAACAUCAAUGUUUUUCGCUGGGGACCGAGACCUAAAAUGCGACGCAUUCCGGCAGAAGAAGGGUAUGUUUCUCGAUGUGGGAGCGAUUCAGAAGACAGUUCAGAGGAUGACUACGCCAUGGAGGGACUGCUGGACACUCCGCUGUCAGAGGACACUAUAUCCACUCAUACAAAUGAUGGCACAGAGGAAGGAGAGGAAGCCGAAGGGAAAAGUGAAGCAGAGGCAGAAAGGGUCAGAGUGAUUGUAACGCAUCCCUUUUUAGAAGACGAAGGAGACGAUGUGAGCAAGAGAGAUUCUGUUGGAGAUGAGGAUUACGCCGUGAGAAUGGACGCCCUUUUGGAGACCGGAUGGUACACGGAUCCUCGGGUCAAUAGCAGCUUUUCCAGUUUGUCCAGUAACUCGCUGAAUGCACUGGAGGAGAGUAUCAAGGCAGCCAUUGGUGGGCUUGGCCAUAUGGAUGCCUCUCUGGAAGAGAAGCCCAGUUCUGGGGCUUCAGGUCUGGAUGUCCAUCACCCUUACCUCCUAGAGGCACCGGAGCGUUUGCAUGAAAGGGGCAGUUCAAACAAACCCGUACGACCUUGUGACCUGACCUACAAUAGUCACUCAGGUCUGUGCUUCUCUGAACUCUCCCAAAUGUCAGACAGCUUGCCAAGUCCUCCUGCAGCCAGCGACGAUGCAUUGAGUGAGGAGGACGAUGACGACGAAGGAAAUGACGGUCGCAUUUCCGCCAUGUCAGCAGAAUUUGAGGCAGUGUUGGCCUCCUGCACCACUAACAGCAUAAAUGCUAAAUUAGCAGGAGUAAACUUUCAGGCACUCUUCACCAGGAUUCACAACCAUCCAGCAUGUAGACAAGAGGGAAAGAGCUUCCCAAAGAACCAGACAAAUGAAGCUAAACAACAGGGACCAUCUUCAAAAAUAAUAGCACAAUCUGUGCUGAAAAGAACUGUGCCCUCAAAUGUCCCUGAAAAAUCGAAGAACUCUAGAGACAGUUGUUCAGAAUCUGAGGAUGAAUUUUAUGAUGCCCAAGAUCGAUUCACCCCUCCCAUUACAGAGCAAGGCCUCACAGAUAAAAGCUCAGAUUCUGAGAACAUGCGUCAUUCUCUUAGUGUUUAUGACAUCAAGGCUUGUGUGGACCAGACAAAAGCUCCUGAAUCCAGAGACAGCAAGGAGGAGGACAGUGUCUCAUCAGAGAACCCAAAAGAAAACCCUUCUCUCGCCAACCAUUUCACCCCUCUGAUCCCUGAUUCUAAAAACCCUGAAUUGGAGGUCCAUCAGCCCUCAAUGAUUUUGCCCCCUAAACCUACACCUGUGGAGACUAAACCUUUCUCUGCUAACCCCUCCAUGGGUCAGAAGGCCCAACACUGCAAUGGGGACAUCCCUGGCCGAAAUGCUCACCUUCUGGAGAUGGAGCCAGAUACCAUGGAGUUUAAACCAGUCACAGGGCCUGGACCACCAUUGUCUUCCACACUAAUUACAGCUGUACGCCAAGCUACCCUUCCCCAGCAGACUUUAGUAGACCUAGAGACUCCCCAAAAUGGACCCAGACCUCAAAAUGGAAUAUCUGACCAUGUCCCGGCCUGUCUAGAAAAGAAGACUACUCCAAAUCACGUUGAUCUUGAAGGACUUGAUAGUCAAGACAUUAAGCCAAGUCAGAAAGAGCCAACAAAUGCCAAAGGAACUACUAAAUUUGGGGAAAUCACAACAGACAGCAAGGGCACGCUACAACAACAGUCAUCAGACUUUCUUGAAACUAGAAAAACAGAAAAUAAAGUUCCCCAGAAGAACGCAAAGCCCCCAAUACCUCCAAAGCCAUCAUUCAUUGUUUUACAGCCACCUUCAAAGGCAGUCAAUGCCCAGUCACAAAAACCUGAGGAAAAGACAAAAGUUCCCCCUAAUGGUCUUUCUCUACACCCCUGGUCUCAGAGAAAUGGUACCAGUGGUACCAGUACCUCCCCAGCCUCUACACUGAGUAAGGGUGUUUCUCUUAGCCACGAGAACCUAAGAACUGAACUAAAGGCUAAAAGCUCUACAGUUAAACCGACAAGUGCUUCAACCACUCCUACCCCAUCUCCAUCUCCCUUACCUUCUCCUUCAGUUCAGUCGGUAAAUAUUGUUCCUGAAGAUCCAGCUCAAACUGGGAAUAGUUUCCCCAGCAGAACAGGCUCGUCCGGACGUCUGUCUGCCACAGCCUUGCGUGGAAAAAUUCAGGAUAUGCCCUGGUACCUCACCCGUUCCCAAGAGAUCUUGGGGACAGUAGCACUCAGCAACACUAUUUCAUCAACAGGCAAUACGGCAACCAAUGGGACAAGUGUGAAUCAAGAAUCCAAGGUGUCCCCCAAAGCCACUUCAGUGCCAUCUUUGAUUAACUGGAAAGAGAAAGAUGCGGAAGUAGUCAUUGUGAAGCUCAAAGAUGGACCGGAGGAAGUGACCCCAACUCCCGUGAAGGACACCAAUGGGAAACCUCCAAUGUCAUCAAGCCAUCCUGACCUGAGGCAGAAAUUGUCCACAGAGGCCACAGAGUUGCACCGGCAAUUUGGGACCUGCAAGUCAGAACAACCUCAGUCACACAAAGGCAACCCUUCAGAGAUUCAACUUGACAAUGCUUCCUCUCUAUCCUCUGUACGUCCUACUCAUCGUGAUGCAUGUGGCUGCCAUACAGUCUACGCCAACUGUUUCAGCGGAGAUACAGAGGACAACUGCGGCUUUGAUGAUGAUCUGACCGUCUACGAGUUCUCCCGUCGAAACCGGAUCAGUAAACCACCUCAACCCACCCCUGUUGCCUCUCCUGCAACCCUCUCUGGUCCCUCUCCAAAUGUCCUAUCCCUACUCAGAGAUUCCCCUCGUCCCCUAUCCACAUCCUCAGAACUCAGUCCACUCCUGAUCCCACCCAGACCUUUGGAAUCUCUGUCCCUAGAACACGGACCAAUAGAUAAUCCGCUCCGCUUUCUGCAAGGCCGCCAUUAUGUUACCGGUCAGAAAGGUACAGGGCUUAAAGACGGCUAUGCCUGUUUGCAGCGAGACAUUGAUGAACUUCUUUUGGUGUUGAAGAAAGGACCUUCUGCUGUACACCCUCCAACCCACAAGGGGGAAUGCCAAAACGACAAUGUGAAUAGGCAUUCGCUUUCAGAGACUGAGAGAUGCCUGGUUCAGACGGAGGCACGGAGGUUGGCAUCAGGAUGCCAGAGAGCCACACGGGUAGGAUGGGCACCUGACGAUGCUCUUCUGUCACUCGGAAACAGCUUUGGAGCCCUAGUGCAGCUCGCCUCAACCUGCAUGCGAGUUCCCUGUUCGGAUUGCGGAGGAUGUCAUGGGGAUAUUGAUGCAGAUGAGGCCCUGGGGAAACUUGAGGAGAUCGUGGACCUGUAUAAGGAAUUUGUAGGUGCUGUAGAAACGGCAAGAGAGGGUGAAGGUGUCAGGCUCUUGGCCAAGCAGUGCACUGUUCUUAUUUCAACAGUCUUCUCGCUCACACAGCUGUUUCGGACACGGACACCAGACAUAGACAAUGGAAAUGUACCUCUGAACUUUUAAACUUUACCUUCCGGCACCCUCUUAAGGGAUCGUAGAGUGCAAGCAUAGAAUUGUACUUAAAGUAGCGAUGCCAGAAAUUUCUGGCAUCUAAAAACUGAUUGUGUGCUGGCACACAAAAAUAAUAGUAAGUGCCGUGAACACACACACAGUUAGCGAACUAACAAGUGAGAACUGUUACAUGUUAACCUGUUUGUCUUGCCAAGUCUCCCUAUAAACAUACUGGAAUUAUGCAUUCAGACAUAGCUAUUUUCUAACAGUUGUAUGUACAGUCUGUAGUAUGUAUUUAUUUUUUACAUACAGUAUAUGUGCACCGUGGUUUCUAAUCUGCCAUACCUGCAUUUUGUUUCUGUUUUUUAGUUUUUGGGUGUAUGUGAAUCCCUACCUCUUGCUCUAACUGAGAUAAACAGUGUUAUGAAGCUUCACUCGUUUUUCACGUUUAGUUUAGUUGUGCUGCUCUUUACAGAUUGAAGGAACAAAGUGAACAGACACUCCACUAGCCCCUAACAAUAGAUGCUGGGACAAAACACUAAAAAGCCCAAAUACUUAUGCAGUAAUGUUUCAACAGACUAUCCAAAGGACUUUAGUCUACGAUACAGAAUGAGAGUUGAUGGCAAUAGAAGUGUGUCCGUUUGGGAUUUUUGUAAUUGUAUGUUGGCGUGUCAAGUUUGGCUUUUGACAUUAGUUUUUAUAUUGGUUUAUCAGCUGACUGUUAACCACAGAGAUUGGUGUGGUCCAAAGACGUAAUAGCACAAUUGGGGCGUGUUUACACAACAACGUUGUCACCAUGUUACUGUAGCACCCUGUGACCAAUCCCACCGAUAGCCAAACCACACAAUUUCUCACUUGUCCCUCAUUUUUGACUAUGCAAGCUUCACGAUUUAUAUUCAAAAUUUUCCACGUAUUAUACUUUCUUACAUUUUAUACAUAUCAAAAUUUUCAAUUUGUUGUAAAUCACUAAUAUUUUCACUUUAGAGGACUUCCCUGGCAAACUUAGGCCUUAUAUUUUAUCUUGGAGGAUUGUUGUGAAAGUUUUUUCCAUUGCAUCAUUAUGCAAAUGCAGAGUAUAUAUUUAUUUUGCCUUCUGUUCAUUUAAACAAAAAGGUUCAGGAAAUGUUUUUCCUUUCAUUUUUACAAGUGAUGAACUAUGGAAGCUUGUUUUCGCCACUGAAUAUAAAACAAAAAAAGGUAAUUGAGACAUUUAUUUCACAAUUUUAACUUUUUGUUCUCAGAAUUGCAUGAUAUAAAUUUGCAAUUCU